AGUUUUCAGGGGUUGUCUUAAAGUUACUUGUUCUUUACCAUCAUCCCCUCAUUACCACCAUUUUUUAAAUUUAAUAUGGAGGACAAAGGAACAGAAAAGGGUCUCCAAAAAUCUCCAUAUAGAACACAGACUGUAGUUGUGCGUGAGUUUAAGCCGGCAGACAAAGCUGAAGUGCAGCGGAUCUUUUCUGAAGGACUGAUGGAGAUGGUACCAGACACUGCCUUCAAAGGCUUAAGACAUCACCCGGAGAGUAUCCUACUCUACACUUCUAUGACAAUUAUUUGUUCUGUCAUCACCAUGUGUUGGUGGGUGAUAGCACUCCUCCCUGCACUUUGUCUGUGUGGACGCUACUUUUACAGCAGACGUGUGAUCCAUGGUUACCUCGAGCGUGCCAUGAGCAGAGACAUGGGAGACAUGGAAGGGUUCUACAUGAAAUCAUCAGACUCCUGUCUUUGGGUAGCAGUGCUGGAAGGCAAAGUGGUGGGUGUUGUAGCAGCAGUCAGCCAGCUGAAGUCAGGAGGUGCUGUCGAGUUGCAGCGGAUGUCUGUUGACCGGAGGUUUCGACGGUGUGGAGUUGGGGUCGCACUUGGAAGAAAGGUCCUGGAGUUCGCUGUAUCCCACAAGUACUCUACUGUUGUCCUGGGAACCACAGCGUACGCACACGCUGCCCACCAGCUCUAUAAGCGCCUGGGCUUUCAAUGUGUGGGCAUCACCAAUGGUUAUGUCACACCUGGUGCGAGACUGUCCUUAGUGGAAAGGAUUUUCUACAGGGUCCGUCAUUAUCACUAUAGCAUGGAUGUGCAAAAUAUCAGUUCAGCAGAGUAGUCCUUAAAACACCUAGAGCAGCCUUUCCCAAACUUAAGACUGCCGCGGCCCGCUUUGAAAUACAAAAUUACUCCUGGGCCCGUUAUAAAAAAAUGUUUUAUGACUACAUCUAUAACUUUCAGUUAGGGUAAAUUAUUGUACAUUACAACAUAACAUUAUGGCAAGAGAGACACAAAAGUUUACUAAACAUUAUGUCCAUGAAUAGUCAUGACACGCCUUACUAAUCACUUAAAGGGUUCACUCAUGGUAAAUCAUCAUUAUUGUGAUAUUUCUUUUAUUUUUAUACUUGGUGGAGGGCUUUUCGCAGCCCACCUGCAGUACCCACACGGCCCACCAGGGCCCACACGGCCCACACUUUGGGAAGCACUGAUGUAGAGGAUAUAGACUUGCAUUAAUGGACCAAAGGCAUCCAGUAUUUUAUGUGUGUGAUAAGAAGCACUAUCAAUGUAAGAACCUUUUCAA